GACACUCGAAGAGGCACACGAGGCGGAAGAGUGGACGGGUGCCCCGCGCCACCGCCUCUCCCGAGGGCGCGCACUGACCAGGAUGUCAGACAAGCUCAAGGAACGCAAAAGAACCCCCGUUUCUCAUAAAGUGAUAGAAAAGCGGAGGAGGGACAGGAUCAACCGCUGCUUGAACGAGCUGGGCAAGACGGUGCCCAUGGCCCUGGCAAAGCAGAGUUCUGGGAAGCUGGAGAAGGCGGAGAUCCUCGAGAUGACCGUUCAGUAUCUGAGAGCACUGCACUCUGCUGAUUUUCCCCGGGGAAGGGAAAAAGCAGAACUUCUAGCGGAGUUUGCCAACUACUUCCACUAUGGCUACCACGAGUGCAUGAAGAACCUGGUGCAUUACCUCACUACGGUGGAGCGGAUGGAGACCAAGGACACCAAGUACGCGCGCAUCCUCGCCUUCUUACAGUCCAAGUCCCGCCUGGGCGCGGAGCCUGCCUUUCAGCCGCUGGGUUCACUCCCGGAGCCGGAUUUCUCCUAUCAGCUGCACCCUGCGGGGCCCGAGUUCGCGGGCCACAGCCCCGGGGAGGCCGCUGUGUUCCCGCAGGGCUCUGGUCCCGGGUCUUUCCCCUGGCCACCAGGCGCGGCCCGCAGUCCCUACCUGCCCAGCGCGGCGGUGCCGCUCCCGAGCCCAGCGCAGCAGCACAGCCCGUUCCUGACGCCGGUGCAGUGUCUGGACCGGCAUUACCUCAACCGGAUCGGCCACGCGCACACCAAUGCCCUUAACCUGCACACGCCCCAGCACCCUCCGGUGCUCUGACGCCCACUCGUGCCCGCCAGAUUUCUCUGCGCUU